UGAGAGAGGCUUUGCUGGUCCGAUGGGGGACAAGGGUGAUGAGGGGUCCCCAGGUGUGCCAGGAUUGCCUGGAUCCACAGGCCGCAUGGGUCCACAGGGACUUAUUGGCAGACCAGGACCUGUUGGGUCCUCAGGACCAAAGGGAGAACGGGGUAGCGAAGGACCGCAAGGCAGACCUGGACCUCCUGGACCCCCUGGUGUCCCAUAUGCAGAGGGCAAUGGGAUGAGCAGUCUCUAUAAGCUUCAGAAUGGCGCAGCUAAUACAGGUCAACCUGGACCACCAGGGCCCCCGGGGCCCAAAGGAGAUGAAGGAAGGAUGGGUGAGCCGGGGCUGAUGGGAUUACCAGGUCUAGAGGGGCUGCCAGGUGCUAAGGGUGAUCCUGGCCUACCUGGUCCACCUGGUGUUCCUGGUCCUACUGGAAAACCUGGUCCACGUGGUGAUUCAGGGAUCCCUGGAGAGCCGGGAGAACGAGGGCCUGUGGGAGAGACUGGCUUCCCUGGACCUGAAGGGCCUCCUGGAUCCCUUAACGCAUAUCGACAGCAGAGCCUGAACUGGGGUACAAACCGCACUUCUGCACUGUACAGCAGUGAGCAGACACAUCAGAGAGCCUCCAACACACAAACUCCACACUUAUCGGAGAUCCAGGGAUUCCCUAGGCAGAAAGAGAUGAGUAAGCAGGGAGAAAGAGGCAAGCUGGAGAAAGAAGGGGUCAUUGGUCCUCAAGGGGCCGCCUGGAGUCAGAAAGGAGAACCUGGCAUCUUUAACAACACCAGGGAAUGUCAAUCUGGAUAUCGAGGGGCAGAAAGGGGAACGGGGGUCAAAUGGGGGUUGGGGACUUCCCAGGACCUCCAGGCCCCACUGCCCCCCAGGUUCACACCCGGAAUAGGAUUCCAGGGUCCCCAAGGGCCCCCGGGUUCCCAAGGUCCAGAGGGAAGAUGUAACCCCAGUGACUGCUUCCGUCCAUACACCAGACGGGAUGGGUAG